CAAGAACGUCAACACACAGCUCUUCCCCUCAAUCCACGACAACCAUCCAUUUUCACCACUCUUGAAUCUGCCCACGACUAUACACGAUAUACAGCUCCACAGAGGAACAAUCCACUGAAUCAUAACCUCCUUAUAUCACCACGUCACAUCCCCAAGAUCAUGGCACCACCACUCGAGCUCUCCAUCCCCAGCACAAUCCUCUCCAACACCCCGAACGAAAAGCCCUACACCCUCUACAACAUCACCCUCCGCCUCCCCCUCCGCACCUUCGUCGUCCAAAAACGCUACUCCGACUUCGCCACCCUCCACAAAGAACUCACCUCCCUCAUCUCCCAACCGCCGCCCUCCGCCCUCCCCUCAAAAUCCUGGUUCAAAUCCACCGCCUCCUCGCCCGAGCUCACCGAGUCCCGUCGCCAGGGCCUAGAAACCUAUCUCCGGUCCAUCGCCGAGGGUCCCGAUCGCAGAUGGCGCGAGACGAGCGUCUGGAGGAGUUUCCUGAAUCUGCCGAGUACCGGGUCCGGCAGUGCCAGCUCGGCGAGGAAUGAGCUGAUAGCGCAGAAUCAGAGGGGGAGUGCGGCGCAGGCGGGCCAGUUCGCGGCCGAUCCGCAGGUGUGGUUGGAUUUGUUGAGGGAGUUGAAGGGGCAGUUGCAUGAUGCGAGGCUGUUCUUGGGGAGGAGGGAUGGGGCUACGACGGCGCAGGGGCAGUAUGAGGCGGGGGCUAAUGCGAAGAGGUGUUUGGUUAAGGCUGGGGGAUUGAUUGGGAAUCUGGAGGAAGGGUUGCAGAUCAUUGGGGAUAGGGAGAAAGCGGGACGGGGAGAGGGGAGGGUUGGUGCGGGAGAGUUGAGGAGGAGGAGGGAUUUAUUAGGGUCAGCGAAGGUAGAGAGGGAGGGGUUGGAGAAGUUGGCUGUUAGUCUUGCGGUGAAGAGUCAGAAUAAGGGGAGUGGGAGUGCGUUGGCUGGAGCGGUGGCUACGCAGCAGGAUAAGAGUGCGUUGUUUGGACCGAAUGUUACGAAAUUCAGUGGGCGAGUACUGGGAGCACCGGUUCCAGAGACGGAUAAAACGAGAGAGCUGGACAACGACGGUGUUUUGCAGCUCCAAAAGCAACUGAUGGAAGACCAGGACUUGGAUGUGGAAGAGCUGGGCAAGAUCGUGAAGAGGCAAAAAGAAAUGGGACUGGCAAUCAAUUCCGAGCUGGAAUUGCAGAACGCCAUGCUGAAGAGAGUGGAUGAAGAUGCCGACAGGGUCAACAGGAAGAUCGAGGUCGCGAAGAAGAGAAUGCAGAAGAUCUCAUGACUUCUGUGCUUGGUGGCGGUUCUGCUAUUUGGGCUUCAGCAUUAGCGUGGAGUCUUCUUUUCGUUUCCCGAAUGUCCAUGGCGAUUCUUGUGUAUGAUAAUGUUGAUGUAGGAUGAAGAUGAAGUUAUGUUUGAUACCUUUGUUUUGUUGUGCCUGGGGCUUUACAAGAUUGAUAUUGUCUCUUUUUUGUUUAUACCAUGGCUUAAUGGGUCCGAUUAGAUGAUUGUAUAUGAAAAUAAAUGAUUCAGUGGCUAUGAUAUAUCA